AUGCUCGCCAACGCGGCCACCAUGCGGAUCCUCAUCAAGGGGGGGAAGGUGGUGAACGACGACUGCACGCUGGAGGCGGACGUCUACAUCGAGAACGGCAUCAUCCAGCAAGUCGGCCGCGAGCUCAUGAUCCCCGGCGGGGCCAAGGUCAUCGACGCCACCGGCAAGCUCGUCAUCCCGGGCGGCAUCGACACCAGCACCCACUUCCACCAGACGUUCAUGAACGCCACCUGCGUGGAUGACUUCUACCAUGGCACCAAGGCAGCCCUGGUGGGAGGGACGACGAUGAUCAUUGGCCACGUGCUGCCCGACAAGGAGACCUCGCUGCUGGACGCCUACGAGAAGUGCCGCAGCCUGGCCGACCCCAAGGUCUGCUGUGACUACGCCCUGCACAUGGGCAUCACUUGGUGGGCGCCCAAGGUGAAGGCAGAGAUGGAGACGCUGGUGCGGGAGAAGGGGGUGAACUCCUUCCAGAUGUUCAUGACCUACAAGGACCUGUACAUGCUGCGGGACAGCGAGCUCUACCAGGUCUUCCGCGCCUGCCGUGACUUCGGGGCCAUCGCCCGGGUGCACGCUGAGAACGGCGAGCUGGUGGCCGAGGGAGCCAAGGAGGCGCUGGAGCUGGGCAUCACGGGGCCGGAGGGCAUCGAGAUCAGCCGGCCUGAAGAGCUGGAGGCCGAGGCCACGCACCGCGUCAUCACCAUCGCCAACAGGACCCACUGCCCCGUCUACCUGGUGAACGUCUCCAGCAUGUCGGCCGGGGACGUCAUCGCCAACGCCAAGAUGCAAGGGAAGGUGGUGUACGCGGAGACGACCACGGCGCACGCCACGCUCACCGGGCUGCACUACUACCACCAGGACUGGUUCCAUGCCGCCGCCUACGUGACGGUGCCGCCCCUGCGCCUGGACACCAACACCUCCGCCUACCUCAUGAGCCUGCUCGCCAACGACACCCUGAACGUCGUGGCCUCCGACCACCGGCCCUUCAGCACCAAGCAGAAGGCCAUGGGCAAGGAGGACUUCACCAAGAUCCCGCACGGUGUCAGCGGGGUGCAGGACCGCAUGAACAUCAUCUGGGAGCGGGGCGUGGUCGGGGGCAAGAUGGACGAGAACCGCUUCGUGGCCGUGACCAGCUCGAACGCCGCCAAGCUGCACAACCUGUACCCCCGCAAGGGCCGGAUCAUCCCCGGGGCCGACGCCGACGUCGUGGUGUGGGACCCCGAGGCCACCAAGACCAUCUCGGCCAGCACCCAGGUGCAGGGCGGGGAAAUCAACCUGUACGAGAACAUGCGCUGCCACGGGGUGCCCCUGGUCACCAUCAGCCGCGGGCGCGUGGUCUACGAGAACGGCGUCUUCAUGUGCGCCGAGGGCACCGGCAAGUUCUGCCCCCUCCGCUCCUUCCCGGACUCCGUCUACAAGAAGCUGGUGCAGCGGGAGAAGAGUUUAAAGCUCAGGGGCGUGGAUCGCACCCCGUACCUGGGGGACGUGGCCGUGGUUGUGCAUGCAGGGAAAAAAGAGACGGGGACGCCCCUUGCAGAUACGCCCACCCGGCCUGCCACGCGACACGGGGGCAUGAGGGACCUGCACGAGUCCAGCUUCAGCCUGUCCGGUUCGCAGAUCGAUGACCACGUUCCAAAGCGAGCUUCGGCCCGGAUUCUCGCUCCCCCCGGAGGCCGGUCUAGCGGCAUUUGGUAA